GCCCACUUUCCGUGUACUUCCUGUGUUAUAACCUUUGUUUACUGUCACUCUUCUCGGUCCAGUCAAAAAUAGACAUAUGGGUACUCCGUGAAAACUAUCUAUAAGCCUCGGUCAUAAAUUCAGAGCUGUUGUCGGGACAGCAAUUGGUCAGUAUCUUUUAAACAUGCAUUCCUGUGCGGCCGACGGCUACCAACAUUUUUGCACGAAAAGCGAAUUUCUUCUACCGAGGCAACAACAAGCUUUCUACGUGUGCAUAAACGAACCAUAAGUUUUAAUCAUGGCGAUGGCCGCUUGUUUUUUAAAUACGGAUGAAGCGUCCCCCGCGUCUCUCACAGACCUGUGCCUGACUUACGUAAGCCAGAACCUGGGAUAUUUCUCUCAGAAACGCCCUGAUGGAUCCCUGUGUUUAAGAGAGGCUGUACUGUUCCCACAAGAGCUGGCAGACCAGCUUUUAGCCAAGAUGGCCACUGAAGGUCUUUUGAAUGACAGUACAGUAGGAGUCUUUCGAAAUAGUGAAUAUCUUCGUUUGAGGAGAGCAUGUAUCCGGACUGCACGCAUCUCUGCUGAGGCCUUUCAGAGAGCCCUCUGUCCCCACAGGUUGCUGGAGCUUGAUGCUGCUAGAGUAAAUGCAGAUCUCACAAUACCUGAUAUUUUACAAGGACUGGCCACCAAUAAGUACUGCCAGGAAUCCCUACAGCGACUUGUGUUAACAGGUCUAACAAUGUCCUCUCUGGAAGAACCAAUCCAGUAUCGAUUCAGCUCGCUCCAUGCUCUACGCUCCCUGUCUUUAGCCAAUGUGGACUUUUAUGACUCCGGGCUUGUGGAUGUUUGCUCCCUGCCUCGUUUGGAGAGCUUGGAUCUAUCCAAUACAUCAGUCACCAACUUGACUCCUCUUUUGGGUCUAAAGGAGAGACUACGCUCCCUGACUCUGCAUCAGUUAAAGAGACUAGAGAUGAGCACUGGUCAGCUGCUGGGUGUCAUCGGCCAGUUGGAAGUAUUACAGCACCUAGACAUCAGCGAUGACAAACAGUUCACUUCUGAUGUUGCUCGUCAACUUCUUGGACAGCCUGGAAUUUUGCCUGCACUUGUUUCCCUGGAUGUGUCAGGGAGAAAGCAUGUGACUGACGCAGCUGUUAAAGCAUUUGUCGAGGAGAGGCCAGGAAUGACAUUUGUUGGACUUCUUGCUACAGACGCUGGAUUCUCUGAUUUCCUCUCUGGAGAAGGAAAUCUAAAGGUAACUGGCGAGGCUAAUGAGAAGCAGAUAUGUGAAGCACUUCGCAGGUACAGUGAAAGAGAGGGUUUUGUGAGAGAAGCCCUGUUCCACCUUUUUAGUCUCACCCACGUCAUGGAAAAACCAAGACCAGAUAUCCUUAAGCUGGUUGUUUUGGGAAUGAGGAAUCACCCGGCCACUCUAAAUGUGCAGCUUGCAGCCAGUGCGUGUGUCUUUAACCUCACAAAGCAGGACCUGGCAGCAGGAAUGCCAGUGCGACUGUUGAGCACCGUCACUCAACUUCUUUUGGAGGCUAUGAGGACAUUUCCCAACCAUCAACAGUUACAGAAAAACUGCCUGCUGUCUUUGUGCAGUGAUCGGAUUUUGCAGGAAGUCCCCUUUAAUAGGUUUGAAGCAGCUAAACUUGUGAUGCAGUGGCUUUGCAAUCAUGAAGACCAAAACAUGCAGAGGAUGGCUGUAGCCAUCAUCUCUAUUCUUGCUGCCAAAUUGUCCACAGAGCAGACAGCCCAGCUUGGAGCAGAGCUUUUUAUAGUGAAGCAACUACUGCAUAUAGUUCGACAGAAAGCUACUCAGGGCGUGGUUGAUGCCACUCUCAAAUUCACUUUGAGUGCACUCUGGAAUCUCACUGACGAAUCACCCACAACCUGCCGUCAUUUUAUUGAGAACCAAGGGCUAGAUCUGUUUAUAAAAGUGCUGGAGUCAUUCCCCAACGAAUCCUCGAUUCAGCAGAAGGUCCUGGGAUUGCUGAAUAAUAUAGCAGAGGUUGCGGAACUUCAUGGAGAACUAAUGGUGCAGGGUUUUCUGGACCAUAUUAGCACUUUACUGCACAGCUCAGAGGUGGAGGUUAGUUACUUUGCAGCUGGAAUCCUCGCUCAUCUCACAUCCAGAGGAGAAGAGUCCUGGACACUCAGCCCCAGUCUGAGGUCCUCACUGCUCGAACAACUACACAAUGUUAUUACAAAGUGGCCCCCACCUGAGUGUGAAAUGGUUGCUUACAGGUCAUUUAACCCUUUCUUUCCUCUGCUGGAGUGCUUUCACACACCUGGUGUCCAACUAUGGGCAGCUUGGGCCAUGCAGCAUGUUUGCAGUAAGAAUGCCUCUCGCUAUUGCAGCAUGUUGUUGGAGGAGGGUGGGCUACAACAGCUCGAACAGGUCCAGGCUCACCCUCAAACUCACAAAGACGUUAAAAUGUUGGCAGAGAGUAUUCUGGAGAGUUUACAGCGGCAUCGAGCCCGAACUGGGCACCCUGUAAAUGUGCCCCCAAGACGCCCAGUGGAACAGUGAUUUCGCACAGAAAUAAAAUCAGGAAAAAAGAGGACAUAGCCUGGAUUUUCCCAAUGAGGGAUUUUUUAUGUGUGACAUCAGGCACAAAGCAUUAAGAUAUGUAAUUAUUUGCACACAAUCUUAUUUAUUUCAUAAAUUAGUUGUAGUUGUGUGCAAGGUAAACCUAUUAUGAAAUAAUACAACUAAUGAGAAAAUUUAAAUUCUGUAGUAAUUCUGUCAUUGGCAUUAUUAUGACCUCUGACCUGAAUAACAGUUACGGGUUAUAGCAAAUGUUUAUGUUGUCUGGAUUGUUUGAAUAUUUAGUUUAUUUAAUGCAUGACUCUGCUGUGAGCUCAAGCAUGCCACAUUUGUCUCAGUGUGUACACCAUUCAUUUAGGAAUGCCUGCCUGUAUGUCUAUAGCAUUUUUUCAAAUGAAGCAUCACCUUUGGGUCCAGACUACUUCUCUUGCCUCUAUUUUAUUAGCCAGUGCGUUGAUAUGAAUGGACACUUGUUGUAGGUUUGUUGUGGUUCAAUAUACUUUAUAAUAUAAAGGCCUAAAUAAUUAAAAGGGGUCACUUUAGUGUGCAGCACAUUGACAGUUGUAUACAGUAGUUAUUCUGUAAAUCAUACAUCAUACCUAAGUAGCUGUGCUCUAAAGAGGAUCAUGAAUGAAAUGUUUAUUCCAAGGUCUAGAAAAGCUGCAGUGGCAAUAAAGGACUGGUCCAUGUUUUGGACUUCAUUUUGGAGACUUUCUCCUUGAGAAAAUAGCAUAAAUAAUAUGUUCACUGUGCUUCCCAUUUUGUUAAUGUCUUUAAGACAAAGAAAGCGCUUCAGUGUGAGCAUGUGUAUGUACAUUGUACAAGCUGCAUCUAAGAGUGUCAAUAUUUUGUAAUGAAAGUGAAUAAUGCCUGACCAAGGGGGGAUGCAUGUUUUUUGUCUAUAUACGUUUACUAGCCAGGCCUUCAGUUCCAUCUUCUGACAAGAAUAUAAGACAUAUCUGUCUAUUUAUCAAGUUGAUGAUGCAAUGUUGGUAACUCUUAGGUAUCAUAAUUUCCAAACUAAAGGUACUUCACUUCAUUAGUGUGCAAAUCAGAUUUUAUCAUGAGUAUCCUGGUUAAAGGAAUAAAGUUUUCCAUUGUUGGUUAAACUGGGCAUUCUGCAGUUUAACUGAAAAAGGGGAACCCUUCUUUUAUUUUUUGUGAACAGUACAUUUAUGGCAGAAUAGAAUGUAGUUUUCUGGUACUCUUAAUAAGAUCCAAACUGAUUGCCUGGGUAAAGACCAGCUCCAUUUAUUGUACAAAAAAUUGUAGAUGGAGAAUUAAACUGUGCCAUGUCAUGCUGAGAGUGAUGUUUUCAUGUUAUAAUAAAGAAUGUACAUUCCUGAA